GUGAGGGGAAAGGAAGACUUGCUGUAAAUGAUGACUGUGUGGAAUUUCAUGUCUUCUUUAUUGACGCUACCAAGUCCAACGGAAGAACACAGGAAUUCCAUGAAUUGGACAUUAGACCAUCAAUGGAUGUCCUCAAAAUACCUUUCUUGUUUUCCUCUUUAUUUUCCAUCUUAAUAAUCUCCAAAGCAGUAGACACAAUAACUAAAAGCCACUCCAUUACAGGCAGCCAGACCAUAGUUUCAUGUGGUGGAAGCUUUGUGAUGGGAUUUUUCAGCCCUGACAAUUCGCAGAAUCAAUACUUGGGAAUAUGGUACAAGAAAAUAUCUGUUAAGACUGCUGUAUGGGUUGCCAACAGAGAAACCCCACUCAUCGAUUCAUCAGGUGUCUUGAAGGUAAUCAACCCUGGAAUUCUUGCCCUUGUCAAUGGUACCGGCAGUGUCAUUUGGUCUCCCAAUGUGACAAGAUCCACACAGGACCCUGUUGCACAACUUAUGGAGUCAGGAAAUCUUGUUGUGAAAGAUGUGAAUGAUAAUAUUUUGUGGCAAAGCUUUGAUUAUCCGUGUGAUACUCUUUUACCAGGCAUGAAGCUUGGAAAGAAUUUUGUAACGGGCCAAGAGCGGCACCUCUCUUCAUGGAAGAGCAGUGAUGAUCCAGCUCAAGGUGAUUUUUCCUUUUGGUGUGAUCCCCAAGGAUAUCCACAACUUAUUUUGAGAAAUGGUUCCAUUGAGCUGCAUCGAUCUGGACCAUGGAAUGGUCUCGGAUUCAGUGGGAGACCAAACCUUAAACCAAAUUCCAUCUACAAAUAUGGAUUAGUUUUCACUGAGGAGGAGGUGUAUUAUGGUUAUGAACUCAUUAACAACUCAGUUGUUUCAAGGUUUGCUCUGAGUCAUAAUGGCAUUAUGCAGCGCUUCACAUGGAUUGAUCGAACCCAGGAAUGGGUCCUUUACCUGAAUGCACCGACAGAUAAUUGUGAUUAUUAUAAACGGUGUGGUUCAUAUGGUAGCUGUAACGUUGAAAACAUACCAGUAUGCGGUUGUUUGAGUAAGUUUGUGCCCAAAUAUCCGAAGCAAUGGGAAAAUGGAGAUUGGUCUGAUGGGUGUGUUCGGAGGACACCAUUGGAUUGCCGUAACGGAGAUGGAUUUCUCAAGUAUUCACAUUAUAAAAUGCCAGACACAAGAUAUUCCUGGUUUAACAAGAGCAUGACCUUAAGGGAAUGCGAGAUGCUAUGCUUGAAAAACUGCUCUUGUACCGCUUACACAAAUUUAGACAUAAGAGGAGGUGGAAGUGGCUGCUUGCUUUGGUUUGAUGAAUUGAUUGACAUGAGAGAGUUCAGUGAAAAUGGGCAAGACAUUUACAUAAGGAUGGCUUCCUCUGAGUUGGUUCACCAAGUUGGCUUCAGUGGCAAGAAAAAAAAGAUAGUCGGAGUGAUCUUGGCAUUAUUAUUUGGACUUCUUCUGCUGGGUAUCAGCAUAACCUUGUAUUUCCGAAAAAAGAAGAAGAAUUUACAGCUGAACAGAGAAGGAAAUCUGAUGCUCAACUCUGAAGAAGGUUACAAUGACAAAAACCAGAAGGAAGAUCUGGAGUUACCAUUGUUUGACUUAGCUGUAAUUGCUAAUUCCACAAAUAACUUUUCAAUUGACAACAAGCUUGGAGAGGGUGGAUUUGGACCUGUUUACAAGGGUAUACUAGAAGGAGGACAAGAAAUAGCUGUGAAGCGGCUCUCAAAGAAUUCUAACCAAGGACUUGAUGAGUUUAAGAAUGAAGUCAUAUGUAUUGCUAAACUUCAGCACCGAAAUCUCGUGAAGCUUCUAGGAUGUUGCAUUCAAGGAGAAGAAAAGAUGUUGAUCUAUGAAUACAUGCCCAACAAAAGUCUGGACUUCUUUAUUUUUGAUCGAACCCGGAGUGCAUUACUAAAGUGGUCGAAGGGCUUCCACAUUAUUAAUGGGAUUGCUCGGGGACUUUUAUAUCUUCAUCAAGAUUCCAGAUUGAGAAUUGUUCAUAGAGAUCUCAAAGCUAGUAAUAUUUUGUUGGAUAUUGACAUGAACCCAAAAAUAUCUGACUUCGGAGUGGCUAGAAGGUUAGGAGGAAAUGAGACACAAGCAAAUACAAACAUAGUGGUUGGAACACGUGGCUACAUAGCUCCAGAGUAUGCAGUGGAUGGGCUAUUUUCAGUAAAAUCUGAUGUAUUCAGCUUUGGUGUUUUGGUGCUGGAGAUUGUGAGUAGGAAGAGAAACAGAGGUUUCUAUCAUCCAGGUCACCGCCUCAACCUACUUGGGCAUGCAUGGAGACUCUAUAAAGAAGGUAGGUCGUUGGAAUUAAUUGAUGAGGCUCUAUGGGACUCAUGCUACCUAAAUGAAAUGUUGCGAUCAAUCCAUGUGGGUCUUUUAUGUGUGCAACAAUGUCCAGAGGAUAGGCCAAGCAUGUCAUCUGUGGUUCUAAUGUUGGGUAGUGAAGGUGCAUUGCCUCAGGUCAAACAGCCUGGCUUCUUUACUGAAAGGAAUAUUCAUGAGGCUAGUUGUUCGUCAAGCAAGGAUGCAACAGUUUCGGCCAAUGAAAUCACCAUUACUCUGUUAGAUGCUCGAUAGAAACAUAUAUUGUGUUGAUGUAAACUAUAUGCCCCAAAACCUAUUAAAUAAAAUGAAAAUCUUUACUACAUUCAAAGAUAGUUUAAGUUGUAUAAACCAGUUCCCCUUUUUGUAAUUUUCACUUGAAUUACAUCUGGGAUUAGUUUGGAAAGUCUUGUAAUCAUUGGAGUUUAGGUGGAUUUAGUUAGAUUUUAUACAUAUCUACAAGAUGGAUGCUAUGAUUAGUCAUUGUUUCUUGUUUACUUGGCCUUGCAAACCUUCAUAGGUUAUCAUCAUAAUUAAUAA